AUGGCCCUUCAGGCGUCUGCCCUCCCGAGCGUCGCCGCCGUCACGACGGACCUCUGGCCGUCGAUGGCCAAUACUCUGCUGAUGCCCUUCCGAGCUCCGCCAGCAGCGCCGCGCAGCCCGAACGCAGCUUCAGCUCGCGCCUCCAGCACAGCGGCAGCGGAAUCGACGGUUCGGUCGCAGCCCAGGUCCGGCCUGCAGCGCGCCAGUCUCGACCUGCCCGAAUUCCUUCGUGACGCUCAGGUGGAUGCAGCAAUGGCUUCGCCUUUCUCGUCCGCCGCGAGGCGGAUCGCCACACCCUUCAAUAUCCGCACCAGCAUCUCGAGCAUGUCGGGUGGCGCCUUGCUUGCUUCGAAUCCUGUCGUGCGCCGGUUACACUCUCAACGUUCAGUCUCACGGUCGCUCUUCACUCUGACGCAAUCCCGUACAUCGCCCGCUUUCACCCCUCUCACGAGGAUGGCUUUUGCGCAACAAAGGUCGUACCAAAGUGGCGGGCUAUCUAGAAACCUGCUCGCGCAUAUGGAGGAGUCUGCAAACAGGAACCCGGGCAGCGCAACCGCCCAGAAUGCCUUCUACCAGGCUUUGCUGAAGGCCAACAUGCCCGCCAUCGUCAUCGAGAGGUAUCGGGCUGGCCGCUUCGCCACUAACCCCGCCUGCGACGAGGCCUACCAGAAAGCUGUCAACCUUCUCAACCCCGUCUCGGCCCAGCAACCAGGCCACUACGAAGACAAUCUGCCCUCCGACUUGACUGAAACCCAGCUUCAGGCCGUGAAGCAGGCGCUUGCUGCUCGGUCGCGAGGUGGAAACAUUGCUGUCACGAAGGAGUCGUCGGCCUCUAAGGGCGGCCCGCUGCACGUCGUCGUCGACGAGACCUUGGGCAGCUCCUUGUUCCGAUGGGUCAAGUUCAUCCUUUGGUUCUGCCUCUUCACCUACCUCAGUCUGGUCAUUAUCACCAUGGUCGUCGAGAGCCUGAGCGUCUUCAAACGCCCUGGCGGCAAAGUCGACAGCGAGGUCAAGGCCGAAAACCAGAAGACUCGCUUCUCCGACGUCCACGGUUGCGAUGAUGCCAAGGAGGAACUGCAGGAGAUGGUGGAUUUCCUUCGGAAUCCUGACAAAUUCUCCAACUUGGGCGGCAAGCUUCCCAAGGGUGUUCUGCUCGUUGGUCCGCCUGGUACCGGAAAGACCCUUCUGGCCCGGGCCGUCGCUGGUGAGGCUGGUGUACCCUUCUUCUACAUGUCUGGCAGCGAAUUCGACGAAGUCUACGUUGGAGUUGGUGCCAAGCGAGUCCGAGAGCUGUUUACCGCUGCAAAGUCCAAGUCGCCUGCUAUCAUCUUCAUCGAUGAACUUGAUGCCAUCGGCGGUCGCCGUAACGCCCGUGACGCUGCCUACGUCAAGCAGACUCUGAACCAGCUCCUCACAGAGCUGGAUGGUUUCGAGCAGAAUAGCGGUGUGAUUAUCAUGGGUGCCACCAACUUCCCGGAACUGCUAGACAAGGCUCUUACUCGGCCUGGCCGAUUUGAUCGACACGUCAAUGUCGAGCUGCCUGAUGUUCGCGGUCGUCUUGCCAUCCUUCAGCAUCACGCCAAGAAGAUCAAGGCUGCUAAGGACGUGGACUUGCAGGCUAUUGCUAUGACGACCACCGGACUUUCUGGUGCCGAGCUCGAGAACAUUGUCAACCAGGCCGCCGUUCAUGCCAGUCGUAACAAGUCUCAAUUCGUCGGACUGAAGGACUUCGAUUGGGCCAAGGACCGAGUCAUCAUGGGUGCUGAGCGGAAAACGAUGGUUAUCACUCCCGAAGAAAAGGAAAUGACUGCCUAUCACGAGGCAGGCCAUGCACUGGUUCAACUCUACGUCAAGAAUGCUGCUGCUUCUCUUUACAAAGUGACCGUUCUCGCCCGUGGGCCAACGCUCGGUCACACUGCAUGGCUCCCUGAGAUGGACAAGUACUCGUACUCGAUGCAGAACUACUUGGCUAGGAUCGACACUGCGAUGGGAGGCAAGCUUGCGGAAGAAAUUGUUUACGGUGUGGACAAAGUCACCAGCGGCGCAAGUUCUGACCUCAAGAUGGCAACCUCUACUGCCUACCAGAUGGUCGCCGCCAUGGGUUUCUCUGAUAAGCUGGGACAUAUGGAGUAUGCCACCCGGUAUGAGUCUCUCAGCAGCGAAACCCGAGCGAGGAUCGAGGCUGAAGUGCAGCGCCUGCUCGGUGAAUCAUACGAGCGAUGCAGGAAGCUCCUCACCGAUCACCGGAAAGAGCUUGACCUUCUCGCUCAGGCCUUGGUCGAAUAUGAGACCCUGGACAAGGCCGAAGUCGAAAAGGUCAUCCGGGGCGAGAAGCUGGAUCGCAUAUCAGUACCUAAAGGUCCAAUGAGAGUGCCUAUCCCGGAUGCACCACCCACCCCCGGAGUCUCAAUUCCAGGUGACGGCAGUCCAAGACCACCCCCUCCUGCCCCGCCGGCUGCUCCGCCAGCCGGGGGUAUUCCGUCCCGGGACCAGGCGAGUCAAUCGCAAGACAAGUCUUGA